CGCAUGUAUGAAACCCUCUAGAGUAUACGUCCCAAAAUAUCCCAAAUAUUCUAGAUUUUGGGAAUGUGCACCACUAUGAUUUUGCCAAGUGGCGUUAUCUAUCCCAGAGUCUACCCAAUCAACAAUAGAUCUACCCAUUCAGAAGAUUGAUAAAAUUCUCAACGCCAUUUCCUGCAAACCAAUUUACAGGCAAAAUCUCAGUUAUUUUAGAUUUCAUGAGAAGUGAAGCAUUAUGGCAUUGACGCACACUUUGAUGAACUCCCCUCCUGGACUGGCAAGUUCUCAUGUAAAAUUGAAUUGUUAUGGCAGAAACCCAAGACACGGUAAAAGACUUUUGCGUUGCCAUUGUUCAGCCCCUAAGGAAGAUUACAUUGCCAGUUCAAGUGAGAGUAAGGAGGAUGUUAAAAGAUGGGAUGGUGAGGGUUUAGCCAAGAUAGCAGUGGCAGCCUUUGCAGCAGGGGUUUUGAUAGUGGGAACACCAGGGGAUGCCAUGGCUGCCAAGAGUGGAGGACGUGUUGGAGGCCAAGCCUUUCGUUCAAGGCCUCCUCCCAGUUCUGCCCCAAGAUCGUCAGGUCCCAGAAUAAAUAACUCUAGGACAAAUGUAUUCAUCAAUCCCUCUGUAGCUCCCCCUCUCUUUGGAGGUUAUGGAUAUGGUACACCCUUCUUUGGUGGUUGGGGAUGGUCUCCAUUCUCAUUUUUUGCUCCUGGACCUAGUGUUGCCAUUGGUGUUGGCGGAGGCUUUGAAUUUUUUGGACUUCUACUUGUGCUCUUAUUUGUUGGAAAUGUAAUCAGAAACUUAUUCAGUACAGAUGAUUAUGAUGAUGAUUACUUUGAUUGAUGAAGAAAAGCUGUGGCAGAGUUAUCAGGGUUGUGUCACUUGAGAUGACUGUUAUUGACAAGAAAGUUAUUUUGAAACAGGGUAUCAGAGUAUGAAAGAGAAUAUCUGAUUUAAAUAUAAUCACCAAGAGAUGUAAGUUUGGAUAGGGGGACCUCUUCCCUAAACUUGAAUUUGGUGGUGUGUGUGCCUUGGAACCAUUAAUUAGUUUUCACUAAAUUAAAACAUUUUUGUACAAGCCAGGAGGGAGUUAGUGUUCAGAAUUUUUACAGCAGAAUGCCUAACAGUAUUCCUGUGUUCCAUAUAUUUUAUAGAUGACUAAAAGGAUGCAGUUGUGCCGUGGCAAUUGACGUAAAAAUGUACAUGAACUUUACAUGGCAUGUAUUAUAAUUACUGAAAAUUAUUGAUUGCAAAUAGUCUUGCAGUCAGAAGACAUGUUAAAAGAAAAUGGUAAGAGUAAUUGUGAAAUGGCAA